UUCCCAACGGCCCCGGCCUGUUCAUCUUGAAACUUCAAUUAUUCUUCACUUCUUGUUCAUCAACAGAUCUCGUCGCUGCCGCUUGGAACGACGACGCCGACGACGACGACACGUCCAACGCUGCCCCAUCCUCCUCCCACCGAGAUACCGAUACCCCGACCUACCGAGUCCUUUGUUCCUUGAAACCACUUGCCCCGGCGAUUCCACGCUUCAUUUCACCCGUAGCUUCACCAUCGACCUCCGAUCAGCAAGUCUCCGAAUACCCAACCGCAUGCGCAAGUUCCCCGAAUACAUCGCCAGCGUCGAAUAACCAUCGCCACUCCUUUGGCAUCAUCGCGAGCCCCUAAGUAGUCGAUUGUGCUGCGCGCGAGACCUCAGACCUCUUCGGUUGCCCCAUUCAAUUGCUCGCAGAGGCAGGGCCUCACAACAGUUGACGCUUCUCGUGUGACACCGCGCCCGCCAACAUGGGCUCGGAUUUCUGGAAUACAACAUGUAACUCCACACUGGAGGAUUUGCGCAUCGGGUCCGAGGAGAAGCUUGUUGGCGACCUCAACUUCCACCAGUUGGCUCUGAUCAUCGCUGGCGGCUCUACCAUCAUCGCCUAUAUCGUGAGCUUCUAUCUUAUGUGGCAACAUGCGCUCAACUACACGAAACCUCGCGAGCAAAGACACAUCAUUCGAAUCCUUUUCAUGGUCCCUAUCUAUGCGACGUCGUCCUUUCUCUCUCUUUACUUCUAUUGGCAUGCCAUAUACUUUCAAGUCAUUAGUGAGGCGUACGAAGCCUUCGCCAUCUCGUCCUUCUUUGCGUUGAUGUGUCAUCUCGUGGCGCCGGAUCUCCACGAGCAGAAGCAAUUCUUCCGCCAAUUGCAUCCGAUCAAGCCUUGGCUUAUACCCGUGAACUGGUUUGCCAAAUGCUGCGGCGGUGAUCGUGGCUGUUGGAGGGUACCAAAAUCAGGGCUGACCUGGUUCAACGUCAUCUGGGUCGGUGUCUAUCAAUACUGCUUCAUACGCGUCGCCAUGGCUAUCACUGCUGUUGUAACACAAUAUUUUGGCCGAUAUUGCGAGAGUUCAAAUAGUCCAGUAUUCGCUCAUGUCUGGGUCAUUGCGAUUGAAGCUACCGCAGUAACGAUUGCCAUCUAUUGUUUGAUUCAAUUUUACUCACAAUUCAGGGUGGCUCUCGCUGAGCAUAAGCUGGGCCUUAAAGUAUUGGCCAUCAAACUUGUUGUCUUCUUGUCCUUCUGGCAGACUGUCGUUAUCUCAUUGGUCACCUCGGAAACUGUUCACCUUGUGAAGCCUAACGAGAAGCUCGCUUAUCCCGACUUGAAAGUGGGCAUCCCUAGCUUACUCCUCUGUUUUGAGAUGGCUCUCUUCGCCAUACUUCAUUUGUGGUCUUUCCCUUAUGCUCAGUACAAGGAAGACGCCAAGAUUACGUUUUAUCCCAGCCCCAAUUCCACGAUUGGAAUACCACCCCGAGAAAAUGAGCGUGGGCCUAAGCAGGGAGGAUUUCUCGGCCUCAAAGCGUUCGUUGACGCUAUUAACCCAUGGGACAUCAUCAAGGCGUUCGGCCGAGGGAUCCGCUGGCUAUUUGUUGGGGCUAAGCACCGCCACGAAGACCCAAGCUAUCAACUCAAGGCUGAUACAAGCUACUCGUCUCAAAAUCCUAAUGGUAAGAGUACAGACCAUUUACCAAUCGCGAACCAGUUUCGUCGGAGUACAUUUGGCUUACCUAAUGCCCCUGGAGAUCCAAUGCCGGAGGAGAGCGCCGGACUUAUAGCAAAUGCCCAACCUAAUCCGGCAAGCGGGCAUAAGAGACAGGCGACACCCUACAAAGAUACAAUGGUCAAUCCGCAAGCAUACGACGAACACACAGAACAGGGCCCGGCAACCCACACAACUACUUAUGCACCCUACGAUGAUAGAGGCGAUAUAGGGGCUGCCGGACCGCAGUACUACGCAUACGACGCAGGCGAUCCAUAUAGCGGUCACACCGGGGACGAGGUCCCGCCGGGUUCUAAUCCGCCGCGAAACCCUAGGAAUUCAACCCAAGCCCAGGUCGGCAACGCAUUAUGGGGUCAUCAGUAUGAUCCACAUGGCAGCUCGAGAUAAGAACCGGGCAUGCAAGCUUUUGUCUUUUCAAACUAGAAUUUUUGAGCAAAGCAGUAGAUUGGGUUCACGCCUUGGAAGAUUAGGAAUAAUGAAUUGUGUAAUGUCUGACUACCUACCUAGGUUUCUAGGCUCUUCCCAGUUUGGCGUUGGCGGGGAUUGAAUUGAAUUAAAUUUUGGAAGCUUAUGAAAUUAGAUAAGACGAGUUUUUAAGGGUAAGGAAUCUAAGGGGGUUUCAACUCUGCCCGCUGGCUAUGAGAGUGCGAGAGAGUGAGACGGAGAGAGGCGGGAUGAUGCGUUAUAUAGUAGUAGUGCAUGGUGUGUGAUGCCGAUGUUAGGUGAUGUCGCCGUGUAUAUAAAUUUGUUCAUUUCACUUGAUUUAUUUCAUGACGCGGAGUUUGAUGCUGAAUUGAAUACUGUUUAAGAUGUUAUGUAGUGGAUAAUGGGACCAUAGCGGUGGCAUAUGAUAGUGACCUAGGGAUUCAAGUAUUUUAGAAUUUCACGACGAAGACUUAUUAUCAUGAGAUUCCGGUGUUCGAGUUAGAGAUAUGUCUUCAUCUCACACUGCCUACUUCACAAUGUUGAGGCCCUGGGGUUUUCAGCAUAUAGAGUCCUUCUAAUAAC